CCCAGUCGGCUCGUCGUCAGUUCGUCCCUCCCUCCCCCGUGCUGUGCCAUCCCGGAACGUAACUGAAAAAUGGCGAGUGUGACCUCGAGGUGCUCCGGCCUCCUCCUCCCGGACCUGCGGCCGGGCCUCGCAGGACUCCGCAGCCGGUCGCCUCCGCUUUCUUCGCCCUGCGUCCAUCUGCGCGGGGGGCGUCGCCGGCCGAGAACCCUGUCCUGCGUCGCGCCGCCCGACUCCGCGGAGCCGAAGACGGACGAGCAGAACGUCAAAGCUGAGCUGGGUGAAGAAAAGCCUCAGCCAAGCAGCAGCAGCAGCAGCAGCACGCCCCAGGAGGCUGCUGCCGAGCCACCUGUUCCAGACAGGGGUCUCAACAGAAGGAUAGCUGUGCUCACCACUCUUGCAGCAGUGGGCCUCUUUGGAUCUCAAAGGCUCCAACUUGGCGGGUUUUCUCUCAAGGAUCUUGCUGCUAAUGCUGUGCCAUAUGAAGAGGCUCUCUCAAAUGGCAAGCCCACUGUUGUCGAAUUUUACGCAGACUGGUGUGAAGUUUGUCGAGAGUUAGCUCCAGAUAUUUACAAAAUUGAGCAACAGUACAAGGACCGUAUCAACUUUGUCAUGUUGAAUGUCGACAAUACAAAGUGGGAACAAGAGCUUGAUGAGUUUGGGGUAGAAGGUAUUCCUCAUUUUGCCUUUCUGGAUAAGGAAGGAAAUGAGGAAGGCAAUGUUGUUGGGAAGCUUCCAAGACAAUAUUUUCUCGACAAUGUGGUUGCUCUGUCUUCUGGCGAUCCAACGAUACCUCAUGCACGAGCCGUUGGUCAAUACUCGAGCGCAGAAUUCAGAAAAGUCCAUCAAGUUGCUGAUCCCAGAAGUCAUGGCUAGUAAUAGCUCUUCGUGGCCACCAGUUUCAGCAUAAUGCCAAGACUCAUGGACAAGAUGCCGAUAUAGGUUACGCAUGUUGAGUCUUGGAGCCAAGAAUUUGGGCGUUGGGCAGAGCUGACCGAGUUCAGAAAUCUCAUUAAAAAGAGCAACAGGAUUAGUGUUUCGUGUAUAUGAUUGUGGCAUUGUGCAAGUGGAUUUUCCGAUUCAGGCGUUUGGCUAGAACAUUGAGCUGCUAGUGACUACGAGAAUCAGUGUAUUGUGUAUACAGGUGAAACAGAUGUAUGCUACGGCCGCGAGAACGUACUGGUGUUAAUAAACAAUUUUUUUUUUGAAAUACAGUAAGUAAACAUUACUCA